GCUGCUGCUGGAGUGUGUGAAUUUCCCCUUGGGAUUAAUAAAGUAUCUAUCUAUCUAUCUAUUAUCACAGUGAUGUAUAUGACAUUUUUUGAUACUGGGACAGAAAACAUUUUUUUAUGAAUUGCUGUCCCUUUUCAUAGAAGGAUUUUAUUGUACAGGCUGCACUUAUUUAUUAACACCCUAAGAUCCUAUUGGAGAAAUGUUGUUUCUGUGUAUGUAAUGUAUUAAACAAGUGCAUUUAUUAUGACGUAACUGUUAUCAACAUCAUUAGCUGGGAGAGGCCCAUGCCAUGGACAUCCUGAAUGGAGCCACACGAUUUGAGGCAGACAUGAGAACACGGAUUAGUGGCCGCUGCUUCUUCUAAACAGAACCUCUUGUCCUCAUUGUACCAAGGACUGAGACUCGAGAGCGGGAUCUUUGAACGUCUACAGUCACAUAUCUAAUUUUGAUUGGGGUCCUGCAGAGAGAGAUCAUUUACUGUAACAUGUUAAGUCCUAAAUGCUGGAAAUGUACCAAUCCUCAGUCCCAUUGUAAUAAUUGUAAAGUUCCAUUCCAAAUACUAGUUUCAUUUCAUAUUCACUUUUUAAGUAUUUUUCUUCAGUAAUGGGUAAGUUUGUUCACCACAAAAAAAUAAAAUUUGCUGAUUCUUUUUCAUCUAACCUCACUUUGGGACAACCGCUAAGGAUUUGCUUCAGUGUCCCUCUUUGGCACAACGAGCAGGCUGGAGUGUCCACCUUGCUUCACUUGUAGAGGCUGUGUCGGCUAGACGGGACAUCACAGACCACUCCGUUUGGGAAAGCAGUCAGUUGGAUGUUAGUUUUGCAGAGCUCAGGCCACGUGACCUUGUGUUCUAGUCUUGCCAUGCUCCUUGCGUGCCACACCCAUCUGCGCUUCUUCCUGUGCCAGUCCUUGCUUUGAACCUGCCUAUACUGACUGCGCCACCAUGCCAUUGCCAAGACCAGCCUUCCAUUGACUACACCACCCACCAACUCCCUGUGCCAUAGAAGGGAUUCAGCCAGCUCCUGCACGUCUUGCACUCCCCACUGCCAUCCAGUCAAUGCCAGCAUCAGAAACUUUGGGGUCAUUGAUACCCCUGUACUGCAUCAGCUUCCUUGCACGAGCCACCAUUAACAUCUCAUGCAGAUGGCUGAAAGGAGAGCCCAAGCUUGUUUGUAUGACCAUUCAGAGUGAGUCUGCUGAGGCUUCAGGGAAGACCCAGGCACCUGUGAAGAUAAUGGCUUCCCCUCCUCUUGAAGCCCUCCACGGUAGUUACUGAGACCUUAUAUAUCAGCAGUGGUCAGAAGAUGUGUGGUACAAUGCCAAGCUGAUAAAUCCAAACUGUCAGUUUGCCCGGCAGACCUGUCCUAUCCACCAAUGCCAAACAAGACGGGCUGCCUGGACCGAAGCUGUGUCUUUAAGGCUGCACGUGAACACUUUUGCAAGGCUUUUCACCCAUUUCUCUGUGACUGAUGGCACUGGCAUAGACGCUAAAUGCAUCUGUAACCUUUGCCCCCUCUACAGAACCAGAAUGCUACUGUAAAAGUCGUUUUGUUUUCAGACACUUGCAUGCUGCAUGUUGAAAUAAUUAACUAAGUACAUACAAGUACUCUAAUUCUAGAUAUGCAUUGGUUUAUUUAAGAAAGACGUCAGGUCAGGAAAUUCUGAAAAAAUAUUUUUUCUAAUUCAGGGUCCCAGCAUCACUGUUGUUAUACUCCCUGAGAGUAUUUCAGUCAAAUUUGAGCAAAAAAUAAUCAUGCUGAAUGUCCUACUGAUUACCAAUUGUAAUGAACUCCUUAAAAUGAAUAAAAAAUAUAUCUCACAAGAAAAAAAGGCUAAAGCUAUUCCCAUGCUGAAUAAAAACAGAAAAGAAAACUAUGCGUUUGGCACACACACAAUGAAAGCUACACAGCUCAAACCUUCUUCUCUAUUUUUGUUUUUUUUUCCAGAGUCAGAAUAACCUCUCUAUUUAUUUCUCCCCUUUCUUUUAGUGCUGUAGUUCACAAUGCUGUCUCCUCGAUCCUGUGUCGUGGGUUUGAAUCCUGCAGCUUGCUCUUGUCCAGUGGGGACUGCGUGUUCUCCCUGUGUCUGUGUGAUCCUUCCUCCUCGUACUUUGGUUUUCUCCCACAUUAUCAAAGGUCCUGAUUCAAUAACGAAAGGAGAAACAAGUGAAACCCUGGAACAGCGUACUGCGGGAAUGUUCACUAAGGGCCACAUUCGCAUUUCCUCUGCUGAUGAAGCGUCAGAUUUCAGAGGCCGUGUGGCUGAGGGGCUGCCAGCCGCCUGACGUUGUCUUAAAAUAGCUUCAGCCCAAGUCAUGAGAACUGCUGAAUCGUAGCGCCUUUCAAAGCUGCAGCUUAUAUGUUUCUACUCCAUUUUUUUGUUUUUGUAAAUCCUGGACUAACUGUGCUUUCUGGGCCUUUCAGGUUGUACCGAGUUUGGUCUGUAAAUUUUUUUUUGUCUUCCGUCUUUGCUAUAGGCCUUUGUUGUGAUCUGAACAGAAGAGCAGUAUUUCAGGAAUAAAAUGAGUGUGAUUAUAGCUGCUGUAUAUGUCCUAGUAUCAUUGAAGAGAGUAUGUGAUGUUGGCUUGCAAUUCUUUAUCAUGGAACUUGUUUUUCAGAAGUUAAAUUAAUUGUCUUAAAAUAAAUGUGUUCUGCAUUUCAUUUCAACAUUCAGUUCAAUACAGAAAAGCAGACCAUUAAUCAUUUCAAAACUACUGUAGAAAACUUUAUCAAUGUAAAAAAAAGUAUUACAUCUUAAGUCAAAGAAAGCAUACAAACACAAAUGAGCCCACCAUUUCAAUCCUCAUUUUCUCUCUGGACUAUUUUUGCUUGGGGAAUUACAACCAUCUUCAGAUGGCUACAGAAAGUGUUCUCUGUUGUCUGCAUAUGGCUGCUUGGUCCUGGCAUCUCUGAGAACUGCCGUGAAAUCAACAAUGUACAGGGGUCACUGGACAGACCACCGGCUUUGGCAGUUUACUCAUCUGGAAGGGAGAUGGAGGAGCUGGCCACAAUACGGACAAGUGGACGCUCAUUUCAGGCAGAUCUUAGGAGGCUGGCCGAGUGCAGUGAAUAUUUCAGGGCCUUGUCUCAAUCCCAGAUGAGAGAGAUGAAAGACAACAUCAUCGAUCUGCCCCACAUUCCUUCCCGAGCCUUUUGUAGUUUCCUGGAGUUCUCCUUUUACCAAAAUCUUGAAGUAACUGAAGUGGACCUCCCGGAGUUCAUAGAAGCUGCUAACUACCUGCUGGCCAAUCAUUUUCUCUCAGCGUGCCUGCGGUUUCUAAAAAUUGUUCUGACUCCAGAAAACUACCAAUUCUAUUUGGACUUUGCUAAGUCCAUUACCUGUGAGGAAAUGCUGGUUGAAAUAUACAGCUACCUGAGUGCACACAUGUUGGAGCUGUCUUCUGUAAGUCACAGUCUGGAGCUGAGCGAGAGGAACAGGAUCAUUACUCUGAGAUCAGAAGGCCGCCUCUUCCUAUGCACCUUGAAAAAGGAGAACCUCACGGCAGGAAAGGGUACUGGGACAGAUGCUGCCCGCUACUUGUACCUGUUUGAAAGGAGUGAAGAAACUGGAACGUGGUCCCAGGGUUCAAAACUCCCUUUUCUGGCUGACAAAUGGAAUUUCACUACAGCUGUGUUGCAUAAUUACCUCUUUGUAAUUGGUGGGUAUCGGAAAAAGGCAAAGAAAGGAUUUGAAUUCCACAUGGCAUCCUUCCGGUAUAAUCCGAUGACAAACUGCUGGGCCUCAGUGGCUCCACUGCUUAAGCGCAGACGGCACUUUAGCACAGCAGUGUGUGAAGGGUACAUUUUUGCAGUUGGCGGGUGGUACCUAGACUCCCUCCUAGCACCCGAUUCCAGCACGGCUCUUUACACUGCGGUUGAACGCUAUGAUCCUUGGACUGACACCUGGGUGUUUGUUUCUUCCCUGCCUCUCACUGACUUCAUCUUCUCUGUGUCUCUCUCUCAUGAUAUUCCUUUAACAACUGUACUGGAGGACUGCAUUUAUGUUGUUGGAACCAUCCAAAGAACAGGGGAGAAACUUGUGUUAAAGUAUAACGUUAAAGAAGAUUCCUGGAGUGAGCUUCUUCCUACUUUGACUCGGGCUGAUACAGAACUAUCCAACCUCUAUUUCUUGGGAGCAGUGGACAAACUAUACUUAAUUGGAGGAAAUAGCCAAGAAAACAUUGUGAUGACAUUUUGUGUAAAGAAACAAAAAUGGCAGAAAGCGAAGACCAUGCAGAAAAUAGCAUUAUCAGGGCAAGGAGCUAUAUUGCAUCACACAGCUUACAUGCCUGCAGCUGAACAGAACGCCAUACUACAGAUAGAUCUGAAGUCCUUCUCAGCAGAGCUGCUACCUCCUCUCCCUAUCUCCUCUUUCUAUGAGGCCGUUUUUCACCUCCAUUUCAAGAAAGACAAUCAUAUAUAUUAAUAAAGCUCGGGUGCAUUGUUUAGUUUAUAAUUUUAAACAAGUCUAACUAUAAUGAACCUUCCUGGUGUUGUUAUUUGUUGUACUUGCCCCUUUUUAAUGCCCUUAUUAAAUGCCUUCCCUAGCAAAGAUGAAACUUUGAUUGAACUU